CACGCACAUAUUCAUGCCCAAUUGUCCACUAUUGCUGUAUGUAAAGUACAUACAAAUGUACAAAGAACGGGCGCUUGCGCGUAUCCAUGACAAUAUGAUUCUUACCACGACCUCUAUUCGUUCCUAACAAAUCAUUAUGGCAUUGUCGUGCGCGUUGCAAGAAAGCUCAAUGUAAAAGCUCCGUCGCGGAAACGUCGUGACUCAUAGCUGUUUAUAUUGUCGCAUGCAACACUUUGCAUCAGCACUUCCGGGUAAACGCAAACAAAGUCGAGAGUGUUUCGUUCUUUAAAUUUCAUCGGGGUAUCGCGCGAAAUUAUUGGUACACAGUGGAUGCAACUUACUCCAUUCGUUAGAAACUUGUGGAAACCGUGUGGAUUUACUCAUCGAUCACUCAUCCAUCUGUGGACACUCAUUGAAUGUAAAUUUCUCAAAAAUUCAGACAACGUCGAUGUGGACAUUGAUUUUACUUACUUUCAUUCUCAAGUGCUUGUUGAAGAAGUUACGUCGAAUAAAUCCAACACAGGUCAACACGUGGCAAGUGCACACGCCUCCGUCAUUAGGACGUCGUUUCAUAGGAAAGAAAAUUAAGUCCCAUGGAUAAAAAGAAUUAAAUUUGAAAAAUCAAAUUAGUGUAUAUUCGUCGAAACAACAUCUGAUUCGGUCACGAAAAUUAAUUGCAAAAAUUAUUAAUUGGCAACACGUGAUACAAGAAACAUUAUUGUCUAAUGUGAAAGUUUCGUAAAGCUAUACGUCGUAACUCUUUAGAACUUUGUGUUGAAGCGGGGAUGAGCUUAUUUGUUGGAAGCAUGUGAGUAAAUGGCCGUAAAAGGAUCGUGUCAGCCUUUGAACAACUUACUAUGGGCAUCUGCCUGGACACAGAUCAGCAAAAUGGAUCGCAGAUGUUCGAGGAAAACGAUGCUCGAGCUACAGGAAGAUGGCGAGGCGAAGCUGGUCUUUUGGCGACUCCACCAGACGGACAUUUCCCGAAACAAAAUGUUGGUCCUGUUAAAUUUGAAAUACCCAAAAUUCCAGUUAUAUUUGUACUCGGAGGUCCCGGUAGUGGUAAGGUGACAUAUUGCGAUAAUUUAAUACAAGAGAAAAAAGGAAUAACACAUAUCAACAUGAUGGAUCUUCUUCAACAAUAUGCAUUAGGAAAUGAUAUGCAAGAUUUUGGACAACUUAGUAGCAAAACUGUCACAGAAGUACUCAUGCUUGAGAUGAAAAUGUCCCCGGGAGCCAAGGUCUUUCUUGUAAGCGGAUAUCCGCGAAAUAUGCGUGAUGUGGUGGAAUAUGCUGAAAAAAUAAAAAUUGUUAACGGCGUCAUUCUCGUAUCAUGGAGACAAGAAGUGUUGGAGAGACAAAUUGAUUUCGGAGCGCAACUCGGUCACGUUAUCAUUGGAUUAGCUAGAAUGGAGUUGCAUAAUUUUUAUAGAAACGUAAUGCCAGUUGCUGAAUAUUUCGAUCAAAGUGGAAUGUUACUUGAGAUAAAUGGAGAACGGAAUCCGAGCGAGGUCUAUGUUAGUUUUCGUGACGCCGUCCUUAGAAUUCUUGGGAUGUCAAACGGUGAAAUUCAAGACCAAGAUGUGCCUCGGUCUUUAGAAGCUGAAGUCGAGGUAGAAAGGAGAAAAGAAUCGACAGGUUCACUAUUGCCACAACAAGUUGUAGAAACCGACAGGAUACCAGCUUCAAUAUCAAUAAAUACACCGAAAACCGCUGAGAAACUGAGAAAAGGAUUACCAUCAUUUAUUUGGGUUAUAGGUGGACCAGGAAGUAAUAAGGCGACUCUUUGCACCCAAGCCGUUCAUAAUAUGCCUGGUUGGCUGCAUAUAAGUAUUGGAGAAUUGUUAAGAACGAUGGCAUCGUCCAAUAUAAUUGUGAAUGACGCAAUCGUUUCGGGUGAAAUGGUCCCUCACGAUAUAGUAAUGCAACUUGUAGAGCAACAGAUUCUUUUGAAUCGAGAUUCCGAUGGUAUCGUUAUGGAUGGAUAUCCAAGGGACUUGAAUCAAGUGCAAGAAUUUGAAAGUAAAUUUGGACAAGAACCACCUCUGGUGCUACUUGACUGUUCUAAACUGCAACUCGGGAGAGGAAGACUGGACGACAGUGUUUCAGCAUUUAGGAAAAGAUUGGAGCUUUUUCGCGAAGUAUCUCUUCCCAUGUUGAAAACACUGGACAACGAUAGUCGCUUAAUAAUUGUGGAUGGCGAUACAGAUGUACCUAGUGUCCAGCAGGAUUUUGCUGCUGCGUUAUACCAAUUAAUGCGUCGGACACGUCGCAAAGAAGAAGAAAGUCUACGUGGUCCAGAUUCGUCCAUGAAUACGAGACAUCCAAACGGGAUACAUGCCUCGAAUGAAUACCAAAAUGAACGUGCCAUACUUAAUGGCGAUGCCAAACCAGUAGUCAACGGCGUAUCUAAUCAUAUUGGAAAGAUAGCCGAUGUGUCAAAAAACGGAUUUGUUGCUCAAGGAGUAGGUACCAUUUCUAAUGGUGUAUUAAACAAUAUGAAGCACAUUCAACAAAAUGGUCAUAUUCAAAAUGGUCUCGCAAACGGAACGACGCAUAUGCUACAGAAUGGUGUGGCGCAUUUGGCCAACGGCAUUGUAUCCGGCAACAAUAAAGUCGCGCCAGCGAUGCACAAUUAUUUGCCAAAAGAUCCCAUCAGGAAAAUGUAUAAUGAAGUCGAAGGUUAUCAACAAAAUCUUCAUAUAUAAAUGUAAUGUCCGCUGAUCUUUUAUAAUAUCUAUUGUUAAACAGUUUUAAUUGUUAACAUUUUAUGUGAAAAGUUCCAGACCACUGUUUGGAACUUUCAACUAUACCGACAACUUUGAUAAUUUAAUAUCGUAAUUCCAGUGAGAAAUGAUGAUCGAAAAGAUAUCGAUUCAACGUUGUUUUAAUGAGUCAUUUCUUAUUGGAAAUAUCUUUCAAGAAUACCGUGCCUUAAAAAAUUACGACUUAAAUAGUAUAGUUAAUUUAUACAUAUCUGCUAUAAAUAACCAAAAAAUAACCUUCAUAAACAAUUGGCAACGUAUUAUGGAUAAUAUAUAUUACAUACAAAUUUCUUAUAAAUUUUAAAAUAUUAAGAAUAUCGAAAAAUUUGUCUAUUUUUUAUUUGAAGUUUCGUUUCUGUCAAUUUUUCGAUAUUAGAUGAUACUGUAUGAUACUUAUUCCAAAUUUAUUAUUAUAUUUAUAUGCACAACUAUAUACAUUUUUCUCACACAUUUUUUCUUAAUAAUUAGUUUGCAAGAUUACGUAAUAUUUCCUAUUUUCUCGAUAUACUUUCUUAAACUUUAUAGAUAUUUUAUUUUGUUUGAUAUACAUAUGUUUGUAUACAUAUAUAUAUAUCUUACUAUAAUUAUUAAAUAAUAUUUUAAUAGUGUAUAAAAUAAUAAAUUGAAAAAUUGUACAAAAAAUACAAAAAUUUCGAGUUAUGAUAAUUUUGCGUUACAAGUUAUCAAGGUUGGCUGAUAUCACAUAGAGUUUACAUGCGCAAACUCGCAAUUGUAUUUAAUAUAUGCAUAUUAUAGUUACAUUGUAUUUAUAUUUACUCAUAAUUAUAUUUAUAUGCGAUACGUCAAUAUACUUUGAAAUGAUACGAUAUCAUAGAUCGCAUAUUAUACUGAACAAAUCGAAUUUUGACCACCUUGAAACGCAAUAAUACAAAAUUUUAUUCAAAUGUCAAUCAUGUGAUUAAUAAUCGGCUCAAACAAUAUAAAGUUUGGUUAAAAACGUUUUUAAGAAUUUAGUAGGGUUGAGUAGUUGAAAAAUUUUUGAAAGUUAAAUGAUAAAGCUAUUAACUUCUAAUUUAAAACUUAAUUUUAAAUGAGUACAUACUUAAAUUAAUUUUACAAGCCAUUUGUUUUACUUGACUUAAUUUAGUAAAAAAAUGUAAAGAAAUAUUAACUUAUCUAUCUCUCGAGACUUUGUGUUAUUUGGAAUAUUUCAUCUUAGUUUAUGUUAACAUUAGUAUGAAUAUCAAAAGACAUAUCAUGUCUUACGCCAAGUCACAUGUGCAGCAAAUAGCAGAAUGUACUGUAUAUUUAUACGCUGUAAUUAAACAUAUCAGAUUACCGGAA